AUCAAUUGUUGUUUGACCCGUACGACGACCGGCCAACGCCGACCCAAGGAAAAUAAAAUCGAAAUCCAAAAUUGCGCAUUCAAUCGACGUCGUUUCGAUCCCAAACUUCAAAUCCAGAGCGGGCGGGAGCGGGAACCAACAACCAGACGAGACCGGCGGACCCCACCCUGCCACUCCCUCAUUUCUUUUUAUAAGUUUUCACCUUUCUAUCGUUUUCAACAGAUCAAAAAAGCUUCCAGUUUAGGGGGUGGGUCCCUGGUUAGCUGGACGAUAAAGCCAAGAGUCUCAUUCGCUUCUUGCUUUCGGCUUCCCCAACUCUUUUUUAUUGCUCUGUUAAUCUCCAUUUUGUUUUAAAAACAGAUCAGAAUAUACUCUCUUUUAUUCUUCUUUUUUCAAGGUUUUUUUUUUUUAAAUCUUCUGUUCAACUUUUUGUUUGGUCAGCUCCGGACUCCAUUUCUUUUUAGUGAUGAGAGAUAAUGGCUUUUUACAGUAAAGACGUUGAUUCAGCAUUCCACGGAGCAGGGGCAAAACCUGGUUUGGAAAUCUGGUGCAUUGAGAACUUGCGGUUGGUUCCUGUUCCAAAAUCUUCGCAUGGAAAAUUCUACUCUGGAAGUGCAUAUGUCGUUUUAAGUACAAGUGUGCUAAAAAGUGGGCCUCCGCAGCACGACAUACAUUAUUGGCUGGGAAAUGAUGCAAACGAGGUAGACUCAGCCUUGGCGUCAGACAAAGCGCUGGAACUAGAUGCAGCGCUAGGGUCUUGCACCGUGCAGUAUAGAGAAGUUCAAGGCCAAGAAACUGAGAAAUUCUUAUCAUAUUUUAAACCUUGUAUUAUUCCAGUUGAAGGAGUGUACUCUUCACAGCCUGGGAAGUUAAAGGGUGAAACAUACCGAGUCACCUUGUUAACAUGCAAGGGAGAUCAUGUUGUUCAUGUUAAAGAAGUGCCUUUUUCUCGAUCAUCCUUGAAUCAUGAUGAUGUAUUCAUUCUUGACACUGCAUCAAAAAUUUUCCUCUUUAGCGGGUGCAAUUCUAGUAUCCAAGAAAGGGCUAAAGCUUUGGAGGUUGUUCAGUAUAUCAAAGAGAAUAAGCACACCAGAAACUGUGAAGUGGCAACUAUAGAGGACGGAAAAUUGGUUGGUGAUUCUGAUGUUGGUGAAUUCUGGAGUUUUUUUGGUGGUUAUGCACCAAUUCCCCGGGACUCAGCUUUGUCUGGUCCACAACAAGUUGAUAGUCCUGCAAUAUUAUUUUGGAUAAAUCUUCAGGGGAAACUGUCUCAAAUUGGAAGUAAUUCAUUGGACAAAGAUAUGCUUGAGAAAAACAAGUGCUAUAUGCUAGAUUGUGGUGCCGAAGUUUUUGUUUGGAUGGGAAGAAAUACCUCAAUAACUGAACGAAAGAUAUCUAUUUCAGCUGCAGAAGAUUUUCUUAGAAAACAGGACAGGUCAAAUGGGACUCACUUAACAUUUUUAACUGAGGGAUUAGAAACUUUGAUAUUUAAAUCCUACUUCAAUAGUUGGCCUAAAACAGCAGAGACCAAGCUGUAUGAUGAAGGACGAGAAAAAGUGGCAGCAAUAUUCAAGCAACAGGGUUAUGAAGUGAAGGAGCUUCCUGAAGAAGACUUCCAGCCUUAUAUAAAUUGCAGAGGCACACUAAAAGUUUGGCGGGUAAAUGGUCAUGAACUAUGCCUUAUCCCAGUUUCAGAACAGACAAAGCUCUACAGUGGGGAUUGUUAUAUAGUGCAGUAUACAUAUCCUGGAAAUGAAAGGGAUGAGAGUUUAUUUUAUGCAUGGCUUGGUGAUGGAAGUGUACCGGAAGAUAGAGCUGAUGCUAUCUUCCAUAUGAGUGCCAUUGUUGAUUCAACCAAAGGGGAUCCAGUCAUGGCUCAAGUUACGCAAAACAAGGAACCAGUUCAGUUUUUCCUUAUUUUCCAGACAUUAAUUGUUUAUAAGGGAGGUAUCAGUGCAGGGUACAAGAAGUUUAUUGCUGAAAGUGGCAUUUGUGAUGAUACUUAUGAUGAAAAAAGGACAGCACUUUUUCGAGUUCAAGGGACGAGUCCAGAAAACAUGCAAGCUAUCCAGGUUGAUCAUGUUUCAGGCUCCCUGAAUUCAUCCUACUGUUACGUCCUGCAAAAUGGAACAUCUGUCUUCACUUGGAUUGGGAAUCUCACCUCAAGCAGAGAGCAUGAUCUUCUUGAUAGAAUGAUUGAAUUGAUUAAUCCAGCAUGGCAACCCAUAUCACUGAGGGAAGGAAGUGAACCAGAUAGUUUCUGGAGUUCACUCGGUGGAAAGACGGAGUAUCCAAGAGAAAAGGAGAUUAAGAAGUUCAUAGAAGAUCCACAUUUGUUUAAAUUUACCUGUACUGAAGGUGAUUUCAAGGUUAAAGAGAUAUACAGCUUCACUCAAGAUGAUUUAACUACUGAAGAUGUAUUCGUGCUAGACUGCCAUAAAGAAUUAUAUGUUUGGGUUGGACGCCGCUCGACUAUUAAAUCAAAAGCAGUAGCCCUUAAUCUGGGUCUGAAAUUCCUUCAAACACACAUUCUGGAAGAACUUUCUUUGGAGGCUCCUAUAUAUGUUAUUAGUGAAGGCUAUGAACCACUAUUUUUCACAUGUUUUUUUGAAUGGGAUCCCUCGAAGGCAAAUAUGAAUGGCAAUUCAUUUGAGCGGAAGCUUGCUACUUUGAAGGGAAAAAUCUCAAGUGGAACUGCACCAACAAGAAAUGCACCAAAAGCUACCCCAGAUGGCUCAAGAAGUAGAUCUGGCAGUUCAAAUGGAUGGGAAAAAAGUGUCUCUCCUGCAUCUAGCAUAUCAGGUUCACAUUUGAAGUUUUCUGAUAACCACAAUGCAUCCAGCCCAACUCCAGUUGUCAGGAAGCUCUUUACUGGAUCCUCUCCUUAUCAAGAUUCUCCGGUGGUAGAGCAAAGCACCCCUUUAAUGAAUGAAAACUCAAACCAGAUUGAUGCAAGUGAGAUUAGUGCAAAUUCGAUAAUAUAUCCUUACCAAAGAUUGACGGUGGUGUCAACUGAUCCAGUUUCAGACAUAGAUGUGACCAAAAGAGAGGCCUACUUGUCCCAGGAAGAGUUUGCUGAAAAAUUUGGCAUGCCUAAGGGAGCCUUCUAUAAGCUACCUAAAUGGAGACAAAACAAGCUCAAGAUGGCACUUAAUCUUUUUUAAUCGACAAUAGCUUGAGAUAACUGCCGGUGGCCCAAGUCUAGAUAGAUGACUAUCUUCCUACGGUCAACCACUCCUUUUUCUUAUUAGACAGAAUGAUGAACCCUUCACCAGCCAGUUGAUGAGUAUGCUUCUAAUCUAUAUCUCUGUUUUAUACCUCUUUAGAGAAAUCAAACCAUUGAUCAUUGCGUGAAAUACUUGGUUUUCUAUGUAGUUUUUGAAGCAUAGUUGUUCCCUAUGCUUUGUAGUUUCAGUUACUAAGUUGUUUGAAGAAACCAGUUAUUGAAGCUCUUUUCCAACAACGAUAAUGAUCAUAUUUUUGAUCUUAGGUUUGUUAGUCCUGCAAUGGAAUUGAUGUAAGGCUUGAUAUCAGAUGUUUGGUUUGUAAGCUUUUGGUCAACAAUUUCACUCGUUAUUGAAUUAUUAUGUUGAUUUAGAGAAGGGAGAUUUGUUCUUUGAACAUAGAUCAUGUAUCAACCAACUCAUUCCAACAUUCAGAUGCUAUUUUCCUUUUGUGAUACUAGGGUUGAGAAGGGAUGCAGACAGAUUCGAACUCCUGUUUUGCAAGUAAUUCAGCUCUUUAAAUAGUUAGUGUUAGGAUCACGACUGUUUUGAUAUUAGUUGUUA